AUGGUGCCUGGUGGGGGCUGGGCUGGGGAGCCUCUCAUUAACAUUCUUACAUCAGGGCUCCUCCCCACACCCCUACCUUCCCACCCCUCCCCGGUCCCUAACCCCAACAACUCCCAGCCAGCCCUUGUCCUUAAAGCCGCAGUCGCCCUCGUCCGCACAGGCGGGAGCCCCCACCACACCGCACACCCUCUGGGGUCCCUCGCCUUACCCUGGCCCCGCACGCGGCAGCUCUUUUUCCAGCUCCAGGCUUUAAAAAGGGAAACGUGUUUGAAACCAAACUCCCUCCUGACGCGCCAACUCGGGGCGGGCACCCGACCUUCCCGGUCGCCUGGCGCAAGGUCAGGCAGGGACCAAGGUCCCCGUACGAUGGCUCGAUGGAGGACCUCGAACUCCCAGUUAGCCCAGUCGGUACUUGGACCCCUCCCUCCCCCCACCCCCGCUCUCUCCUGCCACGCACCCGCGUUCUCCCUCUGGGCCUCGCGAUUCGCGCUGGAGUCGCCCCGCUUCCUGUCCAGUGACCCCACGCGAAGACCCUCAGCUGGCAAGCGGCUAGCAGAAAAGCGAAACUUGUUGCUCCCGGAGGCGAAUGAAGAGUUCGGCUUCUGGAGGUGGCGAAUAGUCUGAAAAGCAUCUCCGAGGCGUCCUCGAGGUUUUGUUUGCCAAACCAGGUAACCAAGAGACCU